CGGCUCCGAGCAGCCAAACCCAGCCCCCUGGGCUCAGGGUGGGCGGGGAGGGCCGGCCGGCCGGGCGCCUCUUCUGCGGGGAGCGGGAGGACGGGCGAAACUUUCCUUCCCGGCGGCGACGAGGCACCAGCGGCCGCCGAGGCGAGCGCUGCUGGCAUGGGCCCCGACGCGCUGCAGCUCGGCACCUACGGCGGGGCGGCCGCCGCCGCCCUGCUCCUCUGGGCCGUGUGCGUGCUCUGCAGGAGGAAAAGGAAGACUGGAGAGCCCCCACUAAUAAAUGGCUGGAUUCCUUACCUUGGGAUGGCUUUGCUUUUUAGAAAAGAUGCUUUCAAAUUCUUACUGGAUCAGCAAAAGAAACUUGGAGAUAUUUUCACUGUACAUAUUGCUGGUAGAUAUAUUACCUUUAUCAUGGACCCAUUUCAGUAUGUCUAUGUCAUCCGAAAUAGCAAGCAACUUGAAUUUCAUGAAUUCGCUGAUAAAAUGGCUUCCAAAACUUUUGACUACCCAGCUUUGUCAAAAGGAAAAUUCCCCGAUCUCAAGGAAAACCUGCACAGAAUCUACCAGUAUCUACAAGGCAAGCCUUUGGAUAUCAUUUCUGACCACAUGAUGAAAAAUCUCCAGGAUAUAUUUGAAUGGAAAUGCUCACAAGCAACAGAUUGGGAAACAGAAAAAAUGUACAAAUUCUGCUGCUCUGUAAUGUUUGAAGCCAGUUUUAUAACACUAUAUGGAAGAGUUCCUGCUGCAGAUGGCCACAAAGUUAUUAGUGAAAUCAGAGACAAAUUUAUCAAGUUUGAUGCCAGCUUUCCCUAUUUAGCUGCAAACAUACCAAUUGAGUUGCUAGGAGCUACCAAGAAGGUUCGGAAGGAGCUUAUACAUCAUUUUUUACUUCAGAACAUGACAAAAUGGCUGGGAGGGUCAAAAGUGGUCCAAGCCAGACAAGAUAUAUUUGAGAAAUAUGAGCUGCUUGGAGAUUAUGACAAAGCAGCACAUCAUUUUGCCUUCCUGUGGGCCUCUGUGGGAAACACGAUUCCAGCUACAUUCUGGGCCAUGUAUUAUCUUCUGCGGCACCCAAAAGCUCUUGCAGCAGUGCGUGACGAGAUUGACCAUUUGCUGCACUCAACAGGUCAAAAGAGAGGGCCCACAUAUAACAUCCACCUCACCAGAGAACAAUUGGACAACCUGGUCUACCUAGAGAGUGCCUUAAACGAGAGUUUACGAAUGUGCUCAUCCUCCAUGAACAUUCGCAUCAGCCAGGAGGAUUUUGUUCUCAAGCUUGAAGGGAAUCAAGAAGUCGGUUUGAGGAAAGGAGACUGGAUAGCCCUUUACCCGCAGAUUUUGCACAUGGACCCUGAGGUCUAUGAAGAUCCUAAGGAGUACAAGUUCGAUCGAUACAUAGAGAAUGGCAAGAAGAAAACCACGUUCUACAAGGCAGGAAGGAAACUGAAGUAUUUCCUAAUGCCCUUUGGCUCUGGGAUCAGCAUGUGUCCAGGGAGGUUCCUCGCAAUGAAUGAGAUGAAAAUGUUUAUUUUCUUGCUAUUGGCUCGUUUUGAUGUAGAACUAGUGGAAAACAAAGCUGUCAGACUUGAUAACAGUCGUAUGGGCCUUGGUAUCCUCCUGCCAGACGUUGAUAUUGCCUUUCGUUACAAGCUAAGGUCCUUAAGAAAGUGAGCGGCUGCCUAUAUGCCUUCUACUAAUCUCCAUGUUUUCUCUUGUUUCAUCACUCAGCUUUGUAUUUUUGGAAACAUUUACUUUUCCCUCUCUGCUUUUACCUCCCUCCUUUUUGUUUCGAAGGAGAAAAGCCCUUGGGUUGGAGGUAGAUAUCAGAUGCAGCGAUAUGCCACCUCAAUUUGUCCUGCCUGAGUUGUGAGUAGUGAGGUGAGAUGACAAGAGUUUGGCCACGUAAGUAGCCCAACGUCCCUACAAGGUGGACCCCCAUACUCUUGGCCAGGAGUUGAGUAGGAUUUACAGUGAGGGUGACAUCAAGCUGAAUCCAAGCCAUUUAUGUGGGAAAUGGGCUCAGCACCUCUCUGUCACAAGGGUUCCCCCUUGUUAGAUUGGGAGGUCCCGUACACCCACCAUCUGAAGGCAUCUCUGCAUCUGCUCAUACAAACAUAACAGCAGGAAAGGGGGAACUUUAUUCUAGGGGGGUGAAAGAAUUUUUAGUAAUUAUUAUUCUAACUUUUUAUUCACUGUGUUCCCUUCAUGGUCUUGAGUGUCUUAGCCCUUAUUUGGGAGAUGUGAUGGAAGCCGUGCAGGGUGAUGGGAGAUGAUUUGCAAGAAUGUCUUGCUGCCAACACAUUUCUGACUUCUGUUUUAUGUACUGAGGGUGAAUGCUUUGCUUUUCUUCUUUUUUUUCUUUUUCUUUUUUUCAAUGCAGUGCAAAGAAAUUAAGAUCUGUGAUAUUUUCCUGCAGUCAUUUAAAGUCAGAAGGGAGGUUCUGUUGAUUAUAGGCUCUGGAUCAAGCCUAAAUUAUCUGUUUUGGCUUUUGAGCCAAAAAAGUAUAUUCUUCAGGGAGAAAAUAUAUGAGCCUGUUUGAAAUGAUUCUAUCGUCUCAAAAAUUACCUUCUGUUGUCUCACUACUUUCCUGGUAACACGUCUGUGUGGGUUUUUUGACCAUUUCCUGUGCUUAUUCAUUUCUCCAAAAAGGCAAAAGAAGAGGGCUUCUUUAAUAGUGUUUUUCUGUGCCGAAGUUAUGCCUAGGCAGGGUAGUGUGACCUGUGCUUGGAAACAGACUUGUCCGUUUACAAAUUGGAAAAUGAGUUUUUCCCUGGGGCCAAAAUCUGAGCAAGUGAAAAGCCUAGCCAGCCACAGAAGUUUAUCUGUAUACUGGCUGCCCAGCCUGCUUCACUGAGUGAUCAGCUCUUGUUUCAGAAAUUAAUUUCCUAGUGCGUAGAAUUUGAGAUUUUUAGACCCUGUCUCUCUUCCCAGCCGUCGCUUCAGAAACUGAUGAGGAUUUUCAUGGCUGUCCAGUCUGAAGUUGCCAAGAGGAUAAUUGUGAUGGGAGAGUAGCCAUGUCUGUGGGCCUUGCCUUGUGUUCCCAGAAAACAUCUCUCUGGGAUAUCCCAGCAUGUGUCUUUUAAUAUCAGGAAUUUUGCUCAUCUCUAAAGCACUUGAUGGUCUAUGAAUGGAACCUGCUACAUACAUACUAAGGAUUAGAAUUAUUUAUUGAUAUUCAUGUAGAACCCUGUUUAGUUAUUCAUGUAAAGCACAUACCCUAAAUAAGCCUCAGUAGAAAGGCUUUCAGAGAUUGGCACAGCCACAUUCCAAAUCCUCCAAGGAGAAAAUUGUGGGUUUGUGAGAUGUAUUAAACAUUUUCUCUUAAUAUAUAAUAUCAAUAAUGUCUACAGCAUUAGAGUACACCUACAUUAAAUGGGCUGUGCAGUUGAUUAAAUGCUUUAACUUUGCUUCAACAUUUAAUCAACAGCAAAAGCUGAUUAUUGCUUUGUGACUCAGAAUAAAAUUUGUUUUUAUGGAGAGAUUCUUGUACUGAAGUUACUCACUCCUGUAGUUACUCUGUAGGAGCUGUUCUAAACUCAGCCAUAGCUCACAAUCCAGUUUGGACAUUAGAGCCUGGUUUAUUGAGAGAGGAAAUGUUGCUAUCAUUACACUGUUGACUGUAUUCCAUUAUUGCUUAAAUGUAAGCUGUAAAAUUUCUUAUGCCACAGUUAUGAUAGAUCUUUCUUUGGCAUCCAACUUUGAAACAAACCUGAAGCAACUGCAAAAAUAACAGUAGGUAUUUGUUUUAAACAGAGGAGGGUUUUUUUAUGAUUAUAUUUAUUUUUAGAAUUUUGAAUUGUAAUAUUACAGGCUGCUGCAUAAAUUGGUAGGACAUAAUAGGACUGUGCCAAAAGUACAUGCAAAUCAUUAGUAAUUUCAGAUUAAUUGCUGAUCAGUUUGUGUAGUAUCUAUUCUGAAAUUAAAAGAAGAGCUAGAUUGUCUCCAAAAUAGUGAAUUAAAUCUGGAGGGCAUGCUUCUAUUAAAAAAAAAAAAAAGACACGGGUCAGAAUCUCUUCUAGGAGUUGCAGGAAACCUCUGUGAAGGCACCUGGAGGCCUUGCAUCGGGGUUGGAGAGGACCCCUUGCACCAUGCAAGAGGCCAGCAUUUUGCUGGGGUAAAAGUUAGUUGCUCUUUUUGCUCAGGGACCAAAAUAAUCAAAUGUAAAGCAGGGCCUGCCCAGUUUUUCCUGGAACUGUGUCCCUGGUAACCCAUGCUCAUUGUAGAUUAGUUUUGCUGGUAAGCAAUGCAUCACUACCCUAGCAUACCCCAGCUGCAGAGGAGGUAAGCCUCACCCCCACGUAAAGUCACGAGAGCUAGAGCAGGGCGGAGAAAAUGUUAAGCCCUUCUAGUCCACAUACUCUGCAGCUGAGGAGGUGACUUAUUAAAAGUCAGCAGCUGAUCUGACCGGGAGUGACUCGGUCUCUGUCAAGCAGGGAGUGGAAGGCCCACAGUGUAGGUGCUCCAGGUCAAUAAGCCAUAGCAGCACAACGGGAUGAGGGUGCACCAUCCCUGGAGGCCCCAGCUGGAGCCAAGCUGGCCACAACGUGCUGUGCUGAGGAAAGCAUGUUUCAUGACAUAGGGCACAAUAAGGUUUUUGCUGACCUCCUGUGCCACAGAACCCAGGAGCAACCAGCUCUUGGUGUCUGUCACCAGGGCACGAAGAUGCCAAAAUCAUCUGAGCAGAAACAUUUGCAGUGCUGUUUGCAAGCAUUCAGGUGCUGGUGGUGCUGCAGGAGUGAGUGGUGAGAGGCAGUCGGACCUUGUGCUUCUUCAUUCCUCCUCUCCACCUCAGCAGGGAGGUCUGCCAGGCCUGCUUGUCUCACUCACGGACCCGGCAGGCACAGGGUCAGCCAGGAGGAGCACACAUGUGCCCCUUGAAUUUGUCUGCUGUUCCUCUAGUGAAAUGGUGUGGUCACUGAUCAGAGUGAGAUGUGACUCAGCCGGUCAGUACCAGCCUCCGACUGUGAGUUGUCGCUGUCUGUGACCAUUCUGGUAAUCUCUUCUGCUAUUUAAAAAAAAGGAAAAAAUCUCCUUUUUUUCUCAUAUAAAUAGGUUUAUUGAGUCAGUAUGGCCCUUUAUAGCACCUGAGAAGAAAAGUGAAUUCAUCAUGAACCCAUGUGAAUGCUAAAAUGUGAUUUUUCUGUUAUUCUUAUUUUAAUUUACAGAUUGUAUGUUCUCCAUUUUCUUGCUGGCACUCAGUACAGCUAUAAGCUUCUGUUAACUUUUUAAACUCUUACAUUAUUUAAAAGUCUGUGUGUACCUGUUUGCAAAUUAGACUUUCACAUCUCUGCCAAUGUGUCCUAAUGUGCUAAUGUAAAACCGUGUAAGAGUUGUUCUUUAGUUUAUGCUUUUAAGCCAGUUGCAUGUCACUAUUUUUGGCAUUGCUAUUUUUGUGAAUAACUACUGGUCCGUGAAUUUCUCUUAUAGAAUUAUAAAUGAUCUUCUAUUUCAUUGUUACUGAACUUUCUGACAUUCAAAAGAUUGUGAAUUGCUCUUAAUUGUGCAAACUGACAUUUCGUAUACAGCUGAGCAAUGGUUAGGUUCUCCUUUAAUAGUUAAUAUCCAUCAUUAGGACUUUUAGAUCGAAUAAGGUAUAUUGUGAUUUUCUGAGCAAGAAAAUUGAAACUUCAUUAUUUUAUUAAUCUAACAUCUUAAGUGAAUUUUGUAUUUCAAGGACACAAUAAAAAUGAAUAUAUCUAUUUUAAUAUUGAA